AAAAAAAGAAAAAAAAAGUUGUCAGACCUGGACUUGCUCUAACAGACGCGACAUCGACUCGGGAAAUUUCGACACCGAGAAUGUCUCGCUGGGUGCCCACUAAAAAGGAAAAGUAUGGUGUUGCAAUCUAUAACUACGAUGCCCGGGGAGAGGAAGAGCUGUCACUGCAGAUUGGAGACACGGUGCACAUACUAGAGACAUAUGAAGGCUGGUACAGAGGACACAGGCUGAGAAGGAAGUCCAAAAAGGGUAUAUUUCCUGCUUGUUACAUUCACCUGAAAGAAGCCACAGUCGAGGGCAAUGGACAAAAGGAGACUAUCAUUCCCACGGAGCUGCCCCUGGUUCAGGAAGUCACCACCACUCUUCGCGAGUGGGCCUCCAUAUGGAGGGACCUCUAUGUGGGGGACAAGCGUGAGAUGUUCAACUGUGUUCGUGACAUGAUCUACGACCUCAUCGAGUGGCGGUCCCAGAUCUUGUCCGGCACAUUACCACAGGAUGAGCUCACAGAGCUCAAGCAGAAAGUCACCUCCAAGAUAGACUACGGCAACAAGUACCUGGACCUAGACCUGGUGGUGAGAGAUAAAGACGGCAACAUUUUGGACCCUGAGCUAACCAGCACAGUCAGUCUCUUCAGAGCGCACGAGGCAGCCUCCAAACAGAUCGAAGAUCGGAUUCAAGAGGAGAAGUCCCAGAAGCAGAAUAUUGAUCUGAGCAGACAAGCCAAGUUUGCCUCCACCCCCUCAUUUGCCCUUUUCGUGACUCUAAAGAAUGUGGUGUGUAAGAUUGGUGAGGAUGCAGAAGUCCUCAUGUCCCUCUACGACCCGAUGGAGUCCAAAUUUAUCAGUGAAAAUUACCUGGUAAAAUGGUCAAGUUCAGGCCUGGUUAAAGACAUAGACCAACUCCAUAACUUGCGGGCAGUCUUCACGGACUUGGGCAGCGAAGAUCUGAAGAGAGAGAAAAUCAGCUUUGUGUGUCAGAUUGUCAGAGUUGGGCGCAUGGAGCUACGAGACAACAACACCAAGAAGCUGACCUCUGGCCUGAGGAGACCCUUUGGGGUGGCAGUAAUGGAUGUCACAGACAUCAUAACGGGCAAAAUGGAUGAUGAGGACAAGCAGCACUUCAUCCCCUUUCAACCGGUGGCAGGGGAGAACGACUUCCUCCAGACAGUCAUCAACAAAGUCAUCGCUGCCAAAGAGGUCAAUCACAAGGGCCAAGGUCUGUGGGUGACUCUGAAGCUGCUUCCUGGGGACAUCCAUCAGAUUAGGAAAGACUUCCCUCAUUUGGUAGACCGAUCAACGGCAGUGGCUCGCAAGAUGGGCUUCCCUGAGAUCAUCAUGCCAGGUGAUGUCCGAAACGACAUCUAUGUGACUCUGGUCCAGGGAGACUUUGACAAGGGGAGCAAGACCACACCCAAAAACGUUGAGGUGACCAUGUCUGUAUAUGACGAGGAUGGCAAGAAACUUGAGAACGUGAUCUUCCCCGGGGCUGGGGACGAGGGCAUCCUCGACUACAAGUCGGUAAUCUACUACCAAGUAAAGCAGCCACGCUGGUAUGAGACCAUUAAGGUUGCCAUUCCUAUUGAAGAUGUCAAUCGAAGCCAUCUGCGGUUCACCUUUCGCCACCGCUCCUCACAGGACUCCAAAGACAAAUCAGAGAAGAUAUUCGCCUUGUCUUUUGUGAAGCUGAUGAGAUAUGACGGGACAACACUCAGGGACGGUGAACACGAUCUCAUUGUGUACAAGGCAGAAGCAAAAAAACUGGAAGACUCGUCGCUUUACCUGAACUUACCUGCCACCAAGAUUGAGCUGGAGGAGAAGGGUUACUCUGCCACAGGGAAGAGUACCCAGAACCUUGGCAACUGUACCAUUAGCAAGGACUCUUUCCAGAUCUCCACCCUGGUCUGCUCCACCAAGCUUACACAGAAUGUGGACCUGCUUGGCCUGCUGAAGUGGCGCUCCAACACCAGCCUCCUGCAACAGAACCUCCGACAGCUCAUGAAGGUGGAGGGCGGGGAAGUCGUUAAGUUUCUUCAAGACACUCUGGAUGCUCUCUUCAACAUCAUGAUGGAGAACUCCGACAGUGACACGUUUGAUACCCUGGUCUUUGAUGCCUUGGUGUUCAUAAUCGGCCUUAUAGCUGACAGAAAGUUUCAACACUUUAACCCUGUUCUUGAAACCUACAUUCGAAAGCAUUUCAGUGCUACCCUGGCUUACACGAAGCUUACCAAGGUUCUGAAAAAUUAUGUGGAAAAUGCGGAGAAGCUGACGGAGCAGCUGCUGAAGGCCAUGAAGGCUCUGGAGUACAUCUUUAAGUUUAUCGUCCGCUCCAGGGUCCUUUUCAACCAACUCUACGAGAACAAAGGAGAGGCAGACUUCAUGGAGUCCUUGAGGAACCUCUUCACGUCCUUCAAUGACAUGAUGAACAGCAGCUCGGAGACCACUGGCAUGGUGAAGGGUGCUGCGCUGAAGUACAUCCCCACCAUUGUCAACGAUGUCAAGCUGGUCUUUGAUCCCAAGGAACUUAGCAAGCUGUUCACAGAGUUCAUUCUCAAGGUUCCUGUGGGGCGCCUGGUGAAGCAGAAGCUGGACUGUCUGAUCGACAUUGUCCACAGUGACCUCUUCACUCAGCAGGACUGCCGUGAGAUCCUGCUGCCUCUAAUGACAGACCAGCUGAAGUUCCACCUGGAAAAGCAGGAGGAGCUGAAGGCCUGCUGCCAGCUGCUCAGUGACAUCCUGGAGGUGCUCUACAGGAAGGAUGUGGGUCCCACCCAGUGGCAUGUCCAGAUCAUCAUGGAGAAGCUUUUGAGGACGGUGAACAGGACUGUCAUUUCAAUGGGCCGUGACUCGCCUUACAUUGGCAGCUUCGUGGCCAGCAUGACUGCCACGUUGAGACAGAUGGAUGACUAUCACUAUUCACAUCUGAUCAACACUUUCGGCAAGAUGAGGAGCGAUGUGGUGGAUUUCCUAAUGGAAACAUUUAUCAUGUUUAAAGAUCUCAUUGGGAAAAAUGUCUACCCCAUGGACUGGGUCAUAAUGAACAUGAUGCAAAAUAAGGUGUUCCUACGGGCCAUUAACCAGUAUGCAGCAGUACUGAACAAGAAAUUCCUGGAUCAGACUAACUUUGAGCUGCAGCUGUGGAACAACUACUUCCACCUGGCUGUGGCCUUCCUUACCCAGGAGUCACUGCAGUUGGAGAACUUCUCAAGUGAUAAAAGAGCCAAGAUCUUUCAGAAGUACCAGGACAUGAGAAGACAAAUUGGCUUCGAAAUCAGGGACAUGUGGUACAAUCUAGGUCCCCACAAGAUCAAAUUCAUCCCUGAGAUGGUGGGUCCUAUCCUGGAGAUGACACUGAUCCCUGAGAUCGAGCUGAGGAAGGCCACCAUCCCCAUCUUCUUUGACAUGAUGCAGUGCGAGUUCCAUUUCACGUGCAGCUUCCAGAGGUUUGAGAACGAGAUCAUCACCAAGCUGGAUCACGAGGUGGAGGGGGGGCGCGGAGAUGAGCAGUACAAAGUUCUCUUUCAGAAAAUUUUACUGGAGCACUGCAGGAAGCACAAGUACCUGGCCAGGACGGGUGAGAACUUUGUCACUCUGGUGGUGCGUCUGCUGGAGAGGCUGCUGGACUACAGGACCAUCAUGCAUGACGAGAACAAGGAGAACAGAAUGAGCUGCACUGUCAAUGUGCUGAACUUCUACAAGGAGAUAGAGAGAGAGGAGAUGUACAUCAGGUACCUGUACAAGCUGUGUGACCUCCACAAGGAGUGUGACAACUACACUGAGGCUGCCUACACGCUCCUGCUGCACGCCAAAUUGCUCAAGUGGUCAGAUGAAGCUUGUGCGGCCCACCUGACGCAGAGAGACGGCUACCAGGCCACUACACAAGGGCAGCUCAAGGACCAGCUCUAUCAGCAGAUUAUCAAUUACUUCGACAAGGGCAAGAUGUGGGAGGAAGCCAUUAUUUUGGGAAAGGAACUGGCGGAACAGUACGAAAAUGAAAUGUUUGACUUUGAGCAGCUGAGUGCAUCCUUGCGCAAACAGGCCCAGUUCUAUGAGAACAUUGUGAAAGUGAUCCGACCCAAGCCAGACUACUUUGCCGUGGGCUAUUAUGGCAUGGGCUUCCCCUCCUUCCUCCGGAACAAGAUGUUCAUCUACCGGGGGAAGGAGUACGAACGCCGGGAGGACUUUGAGGCUCGCCUCCUCACCCAGUUCCCCAACGCCGAAAAGAUGAAGACGACAACACCACCCAGUGAGGAUACCAAGGGUUCCCCUGGACAAUACAUCCAGUGUUUCACAGUGAAACCCAUCCUGGACCUCCCUGCCAAGUUCCAGAACAAGCCUGUCUCUGAGCAAAUAAUGAGCUUCUAUACCGUAAAUGAAGUCCAUAAAUUCCAGUAUUCCAGACCAGUGAGGAAGGGAGAGAAGGACCCGGACAACGAGUUUGCGAACAUGUGGAUCGAGAGGACCACCUACACAACAGCUUAUAAACUACCCGGCAUUCUGCGCUGGUUCGAAGUCAAGUCGGUCUCCACGGAGGAGAUAAGUCCAUUGGAGAACGCCAUUGAAACCAUGCAGCUAACUAAUGAAAAGAUCAGCAGCAUGGUGCAGAGACAUCUCAGCGAUCCCAACCUUCCCAUUAACCCCCUCUCCAUGCUGCUCAAUGGUAUUGUGGAUCCAGCCGUCAUGGGAGGUUUUACUAACUAUGAAAAGGCCUUCUUCAAUGACAAGUACAUGCAGGAGCACAUUGAGGACCUGGAGAAGAUUGCAAAGCUCAAGGACCUCAUCGCCUGGCAGAUUCCCUACCUGGCCGAGGGAGUCCGCAUCCACGGAGAGAAGGUCACGGAGGCACUCAGGCCUUUUCACGACCGCAUGGAGGCCUGCUUCAAGCAGCUGCGGGAGAAGGUGGAGAAACAGUAUGGAGUAAAGACUUUGCCAGCAGCAGAUGAACGGAAGGGCUCUCGUCCUCGCUCCAUGGUGCGCUCCUUCACCAUGCCAUCCUCACAGAGGCCGCUGUCGGUUGCCUCGGUCACCUCCAUCUCCUCAGACAACUCCCCAUCCAGGCCUCCCUCAGAUGGCUUUGCCCUGGAGCCCCUCCUGCCAAAGAAGUUGCACACUAAGUCUCAGGACAAGUUGGACCGAGAGGAGCCCGAGAGGGAGCGCAAAGAGAAGAAGAAGGAGAAGAGGAACAGCAAGCAUCAGGAGAGCUUCGACAAGGACAUGAAGACCACGGAGAUCCCGAUGCAGCCGGCCGAGGCUGUCAUAUUGUCAGAGACGAUCAGCCCCCUGCGGCCCCAGAGGCCAAAGAGUCAAGUUCUCAACGUUCUGGGAGGAGACCGACGGCUUUCGGUUUCCCCCGGACCCCCGUCUUCUUCCUCCAACUCCAUAUGCUCCUCGCCAGGACCCCCGCCGGUCACCCCGAGGAGCAAGGCCUCCUUCAGCCUGCACACUGUAUCCAGUCUGGACCUGAACGGGAUGGGCUGCCCCGACAAGCAAGGCGAGACCCCGCCUCCGCUGCCAGUGAAAGGGAACACGGCUGAUUACGGCAACCUGCUAGAUAAUCAGGAUGUGACGACUCCAACGACGCCUCCGCCGCCGCCACCACAUCACAGGCACAUGCCUCCUCCUCUGCCCAGCAAGACCCCUCCACCACCCCCGCCCAAGACCACCAGGAAACAGGCCUCCAUCGAUUCAGGGAUUGUACAAUGAACAAAGACUGCCGUCAAGAACAACCAAGACAACCCACUGACGACACAACAAAAAAAGCAUCAACAAUCAAACCACCCUCCCCUGAAGCGGUUGGUUUUGUUGUUGUGUGUUUUUUUUUUUCUUUACCCACGCAUUCCUCUCCGCUUCCUCCAGCUUGACAAAGACGAAUACCUCAUUCGAGCCCAACUUCUCCAACCCUCCUCUCUCUCGCCCUCAGUGUGACGAUGAUGCAGUCCGUCAUAGGAAAAGUGUUGCACAGCUAAGUAGUCACUGAGUUUGUUGAUGCUGUCUAUGACCCGCUCCAUGCCACUUCAAGACUUUGUAGUGAAGCGAGAUUGUGUUAGGACACGCUUGGACCAACGGCUAUCCAAAACUGACCGGUUCUCAAAAUAUGAGAGCGCAUAGCUUGAUAAAAACAUAAUCCCUUUUUUUUUUAUAUCAAUAUUCCCACUAUGUACAGAGGUUUGUAUAUACGAAUUUAUUUUAUUUCAGUUUUUUUUUUGUACGUGUUCUAUCAUGCAUCUUUUUAUAUUAACAUGACAUUAGAUUAACUGGCAUUUAUAUUCCAAAAAAAAGGGCUUGUAGGUUUUGAAUUGACAGGGACUGUAAAGAGUUGGUAUGUGAAUACCUAUCAUUGAUUUUACUGGUUAAAGUUUUAUUUUGGAGUGCACAUACAACUAACUCCUUCGGCAUUAUCAUUGUAUAGGCCAUGUUAUAGAAUGCUGUAACCUUGGAUUUCAAUAACAUUGUUCACAAUUCACUACUGACGUCUGACUUCUGAAUAAACUUUCAAAUGUAUGUAUUUUUAAAA